AUGGCAUUCCCUGACAACUAUCCCGGUGCAAAUGCACCUGCAAAAUCAUCACGCUUCUCGUCUUUGAGGGUUUUCGGCAAAUUUUCGAAAGAGAAAGAGACUCUCAAACCACCACCACCGCCUCCCAAGGAUUCUUACUAUCUCAACAAUCGCUCUUUAGUUUCCCUCAAUUAUCCACAAGAACCUAUUCCGGCGAUGCCGGCCUUCAUUGGUGCUGCUUACGCUGCCUCUAGUCCCGUCGUGGGUUCAUCCAAAUCCCAGUAUGCUGCCAGCGUUCACUCCAAGAGACCCCCUUUGAAUCCGACUAUCUCGUCGCUUUCUUUGGCCUCUUCUGCGUCGUUAGUCUCGUCGCCGUCGGAAAUUUCCAGUCAACAACAGCAACAACGACCCGUACCGACCAAGUCCAAGUCUUCGAGUAGUCAGAAAAUAUCAGGAUUGUUCAAGUUCAGGCGUGGUACUAAAUCACCAGGUGGGACGAGUGCGACGGUUGAUGAUGAGACCAUGUCGUUGCAUUCGGCUGGAGAUGAUGGAAGUAUUUCAAACCCUUAUAAUUUCCAGCAUAACAUACACGUUGACGAUGCAUUGACUGGACUACCUCCUUCAUGGACCGUUUCGCUCGUGAACGCUGGUUUUACAGAAGAAGAGAUUGCCGCUAUCUACGCACGCAAACAAGCAGGAACGCUUACACCUGGAAAAGAAUUCCCCUAUCCGUUCGACCGACCCAGAUCACCAGCGAUUUCUGUUGCUAGCAGUGCGGCAAGCUCAUCAUUGCAACGACCUGGAGCGGCAGCCUCAUCAGGAAGCCUCGGAAGCAGUGGAUCAUCUUCCGUUUUAACGCAUCCUCUUCCGAGAACGACAUCCUUACCGAAGACACAGGCAAACCAAGACAAUAGGCAAACGAUAGUCGUGUCUCCUGCUCGGAUGUAUUCCCCCUCCCCGAAUUUGGUUCAGCAGCAGCCACUGAGGCCAAUACAUUCAGACCGGUCUAGAAACAAUUCAAUCUCAUCUAUUCCAUUAUCACUGUCAAUAUCGGCCAGCAUGAGACCAAAUGUAGUAGCGGUCCAGGGCGAAGAGGAGGCGACUGGCGCAACUACUCUCCCGCAACAUAGACGGAACCAGAGUGGAAGUAUUCACAGUAGACAACCGAGCCGAGCUGCAAGCAUCAAGAGCAACCGAAAAGAGAGUCCCCGAAUUCAACCUCCUCAGGUUCCUGUUGCGCCCUCCAGCCAACAGGUAUCCCCGAUCUCGAGGCCGAGUACCCCACCAAGGCGUGCAUAUUUUGUUGCGAACAGUAACAGCUUACUGAUGCAGAGCCCGCCACCAUCAUAUUCAGUUACGGCGGAAGGGGUGCCUCCAGCAGUCCUUGGUCAAGCGGUCGGUCCGAAUGGAUAUCCUCUUGAGAAGUCCGGUAGCAAUGGGGCCACAGGCACGCGGCACCAAACUCAACGCAGUACUGACACAACGCGAUCGGGGUCCUCGUCCAAAUCACGAAAGUCACCGUCACGAUCGAAUUCGUCACACAGGCCUCACCAUCAGCAUUCCCAAUCUUCGGUUUCGCUACAGAGUAGUAGAUCCAGUCCUAGUGAUGGGGAAGGACCGAAGAGGUCCAUCAGCUCAAGCACUGCGGCGAGUAGGGCAAAUAAGAGAAGGUCGAAGAGGACUUUCAGUGGUUUGGGCGGUUUGAAUCUCUCGUUGGACUUUGGGACGGGUUUGGAGUCAUGGAGCGAAAACUUAUUCAAUGAAAUUGACGACAAAGAGACACAGCCAACGACACAAUCGAAGACCCAGUAUACCGCUGCCUCACCUUCCGUCUCUGUGUCAGUAGGCAUAUCCAACACUGCUAGAAACCGUGAUACUAUCAAGCCUCCUCCUCCUCCCCAAGAACAUCGGUCAGUCAUGGACCGUCCUCGUCCGAAACCUCCUGCACCUAUCGCUGGCAUGCCGCCACGCGUCAAUAUUAUCGCUGACGACUCACCUAUAUCUUCUGCCUCCCCAUCAACCACUACUUUCACGCCAUCCCCUUCUGCAUCUACUUUCAACCAAGGGGCACCAUCGCCGCUCAAAUCACCUUGGUCCUUCUCAGAGGGUGAACUCAGUUCAGAACACGACUCGCGGCAAACCUUCCCAGUCUCGCCUGGUUUCAUGUCAGAUUAUGCACCUUCCAUUAACUCGACGUCACCCCGGACUCAACUAUUUGACGAAAUCGCUGGCAUGGUCGGCAUUCGGCUCGACGAUGAAGAGCAUCGGGAGGGUAAUGAUGAUGAAUUUGAUAGAGAUCGGUUGAGUCCCAAGGUAUAUAAAAGUCGGACAAGAAGUGAAAGAAGUGGUGGUGGUGGCGGUGGUGGCGGUGGCGGUGGUGGUGAUAGUGGAGGACAGAGUCCAGCCUUGAGUGAGACACAUAGUCCAACUAUACCCAUCAGUCCGCCCUAUGCUCCGAACGGUCAUGGGGAUGGAGAUGCGGUGAGGCGAGAAGCGAAUCGGACAAGUGCAUAUAGAUUACAGGAUAGAGACAAGAUGAGAUUGGCGGUGAACGGAGAUGGAGAUGACUUGAAUAGAUGGAGAGGCGACAAUGGACAGAUUGAAGAGGAGGACGUAGAGGAUGGUGCUUUACUCACGACGGGAGUAAGUCCUUCGAAUCGAAAUUCGACUCGGAGCAGUACGUCGACUGUGUCGACUUUGACCGUCACCCAUGCAACGGCGACAGUGACGAGCGUGAAAGCGGCCGUCGCGAAAAUUGAAAAAGCUCUUCCACGUUCAAAUGCAUCAGCAGAGCCGAAGCCCCUACCGAAUCCUAUAUCCGCCUCGCGGCGACUCGAGGCUACUUUGCCUUCUGCUGUAUCCCCUCCUUCAGGCUCACCGCCCCUACCACAGUCUGCACGGUCCAAGUCACCUGCGACUAGUCUCAAGCACCCUGCAUCUCCACAAGACUCGACUUUCGGUAGUGAGGAGGGCUCUGCAUCUGCAGGGUCAAUGUCGGGCGUUUCGUCCUCAUCCCGGUUUAGUGGAUCAUCAGCUGCAUCCCAGUUAUCGCCUAUGACAGAGGACGGAGACGAAGACGACGGACUUGUCUACUACUUGGAGGGCAAUUGCAGCCCCGGUCCAGGUCAAACCACUUUUGAGAAGAACGUCAAGUUGCACGAACACCACCAUCUGUUAUCGUCUGCGACGGAUACAUUCGGUGGCGCAGUUAAGGAGGAUGAACAGGUUCACAGUGUGUCAGUCGAUGAAGACGACGAAAACGAAGACGACGUGAUGAGCAGCAAUGAUACCAUCUCUCAUGUCAAUACCACCGCUCCUUCAAAGCCCACCAUCAUUAUCAGCAACUCGCCAGUACAAGUAGUCACUGCAGCGAUGUUAAACUCUGCCAUUACUCCCGUAACACCAGCUCAGCGGUAUCCUGGAUGGUUAUCGGAGGUCUUAAAGCCUCUUGAAGAGUUCAUUGAUGAACCUAUCGAUCCUAGGGAGUAUUACCAUGACCUGCAAGAGAUCGCCGAAGGCGAGAGUGGAUCGAUCUUUGCUGCUCAUGUGACGGAGACUGGCAACAUACACAGACUUAAACUUCCGCCUCUAAUCACAGCCCACAACGCGGACAACCAGAUGCGCGGGAUCACAACACUAGUUGCUAUAAAAUGUGUCCAGAUUGAGCCCGCUGGUUCGACAAAACUUGAGGAAUUGAGAAGAGAAUUGGUCCUCUUGAGGGGAGUCGCUCAUCCGAAUGUUCUCACUAUGGAUGCUUUAUAUGUUGACUUGGUGGAGGAUUCUUUGUGGAUAAGAAUGGAGCUCAUGGAGAGAAGCUUGGCUGAUGUAGUUGAGUUGGUCGAUGCAGGGUUGAUGCUACAGGAACGGAUGAUCGCAAGAUUUACGAGUGAUAUCGUCGAAGCGUUGCAAUUUUUGCAAAGCCAAAGGAUCGCCCAUCGUGAUCUCCGUUCGGACAAUCUCUUGCUCAACUCGGCGGGCGUCCUGAAACUAACUGAAUUCUCAUCUGCUCUCAAGCUACCCAAAGAGACAUCGAUGGCCUUUGACCCAGUGGGAGUCCUAUAUUGGCAGGCACCCGAAGUGCGAACCGGUCCAUAUGACGCACUUAAGGUCGAUGUCUGGUCUUUGGGUGCCACAGUUUGGGAAAUGGCACAAGCAAGACCUCCUUUCGCUGACUCAGACGACGCCACUCCAAGCAACGGAUGGCCGCCUUUGGAUAAACCAGAUCUAUAUACCCCAGACUUCCAUGAAUUCUUGCGCCUGUGCUCUGAACCUCCCUCUUCCCGCCCCAGUCCCGACGAACUUAUCAAGAACCGUUUCGUCAAGAACUCGUGUGGAAGGCCUGUCAUUUUUCAGCUACUACAACAAUGCAUGUCCAUUGAGCAAGCGAUGCAAGAGAACGAAGAUAACGACUCAUGA